CACAAUCGUUGGAGCCGGGGCAGCUGGGCACUGGGAACAAAUACAACUAUUAUACAUUAAUAAAAGAAGGCACCUCCAGUAAUGCUGGGAAGUACAGUUGUAAACCAUGGACAACAUUUUGGACUGCAGAAGCUCUCAGCGUUGGCAGGAAUUGCACAUUCUUAUUUGGGCCCCAGUAAAAAGUAUAAGUUUAUCCAGGAUGACACGAGUGGGGAGUCAGCUCUUGUGUGCUCGUGUUUUCGCAUCCUUGAGAGCCUGGAGCUGACCUGCGCCGUGGGUCAGCUGGUUUAUGAGACUAUUCAAGCUCACCACAAUGUCUAUAAUACAGGGUCAGGAUGCCUGCUGUUUCUCGCAGGAGCGUGGAGCCGUGCUGCUCUGGAGUGCCUUCACAGAGGACUUUCAGUAUCACACAUCAUCUCAGCAAUGUCUGAAGGCAUCGAUAUAUGCAUAGAUGUUUGCAGGAAAUGCAGCAUCUCAACUGAAUGUCUUGGUGUGGCACAGUCAGAGAGCUGCACUGAGACAUCCCAUGGCUUAGGACUUCAACUAUCAAAGAAACCCAUCAUGGAGGCUUCACAGGCAUCGAGCCACCUGCAAGGGACAACAAAUAUCAGACACAAGACUCUAAACAACAGUGGACAAAGGAAAAUAAAGCUCAGCAGACAUUUUUGUGAGGUCAAGUCUAAAAAUAUCUCCACAGUACCACAACCUCAACAACCUAAGCUCCCUAACAUUGCACACAUUGCUGAGGGAUUGAGUCACGGUUGUGUCGGUGCCAUGAAUUUAGUCGUGGAAGCCAGCCAGAUGCAAUCAAAAAAUACUCAACAAAAUAUCAGCUAUUCCACAUUUGACAUAACUAAAGUGGUGACUUGUGUUCUACCUGGUCUCCCAGAGGAGAAUGCGUGCGUUGUACCAGGCUGCAUUGUUCUCUUAUCUGCUGAACAGGCUUCAGUUGCACAUCACUUAAAAGAACGGCACUUGAAGGUUGCUCUUAUUCAUGGAGAUUUGUCCGAUACCUUCCGCCAUCUUGGCUUUAGUCGUCCAGCAGGGAUGCAGCAUGUGAGUGGCCAGUCAGCUUUGUCAAGUUCAAGCAAAGAGGAAGAGUGGAUGGUAAAGGUUUUGGCACUGUUGCUGAAUCUGGAAGUGAACCUGAUACUAGUCAGUGGCCUUGCUAGUGAGAAAGUGAUUCAACGCUGUUGCCGACACGAUAUACUUGUGGUGGAAAAAGUGAAGGCUUCCGUUUUGAAGGCAUUCGCUAACGCAACAGGAGGUGUUCCAGUGACUUACGCUGCACAGUUGAAACAGCAAUGUGUUUGCACUGGGGUGAAGAUUGUGAUAUGGAGGGAUCUCAGCAGCCCUGAGAGGAAGUUUACAACAGCUGUGAAUAUUUCCACCAGUGCUAACAGCAGGUUGGUCACAGCGAUCCUCACCAGCUGUGUACAUGGCAAGCUGCAGGCCCUGGAGGAUCAGUUUUGGGCCUGUGCUUAUCGUUUACACCACACGCUGAAAGACAAAGCCCUCCUGCCCGGUGCUGGAGUGACAGAAAUGCUUUGUAUUCAUCACCUUCAAAAACAAGCAGGGCACCAUGAGAAGCACUGCACAGAGGGGGCAGGUGCCUCUAAGCCACAGUCUAAAGCAACACCAGCAAACCCUUACAGUGGUCUAGUGUUGCACCUCAUGGCAGAUGCUUUAAUCGAUUACAUAUCCACUGUGAUGGUUAACAGUGGAAAGUUCACAAAAGUCAAAGCCAGGACUGUGGUGAGCCAACAACUGCAGGACUGUAACGGACAUCUGGGCAUCGCUGCAAAGUUCUCACAACUUUUCUUGGAGGGUGAAACAGAGGACAGUGCAUUUUUCUCAGCUGUUAAAUCUGAUGGAGCACCAGCAACGAAAGUCUAUGAUAAUCUGAGUGUGAAGCAGGAAGCAUGGAGGAAAGCCUUAGACCUGGUUUUCCUGGUCUUACAGACUGAUGCAGAGGUCAUCACAGGCGUAGACCAAAGAACUGAUGGUGCUAAAGAAAAUCUGAUGCUUUUAUGAUCUUCAUGCAGCAUCUUGAGAAAUUAUUUGACAGUACACAACUUUCUUAAUGUUUUAUUUGUUACCAAAAGUUUAAGUAGCCUGAAAUACGUUUUUUAAAUAACUGGCACAAAGUGAAAGUAAGAAAAAGUGUUUUAAUUUUAUGACUUUUUUGUCUUCAAUGAAUAGCUGAACGACAAUAUUCAGAAACAUAAUUUUAGUGAGGCAGUUUUUUUCCUACCACAUGGGGGUGCCAAAGUAUUACAUGACAUUGUUGUCUUAUCUGACGCUCUCAUACAAGUUGGUGUGUGUAAAUGAAUUGGCC